CUACCCCCACUUCAAGGUGGCUUGUUUGCGGUCGUUUGGGCCCACCUAUAUGCUAAUAGGCAAAUGAAGGAACCGACGGCGGCCGCCGCGGACGACGUGGGCGGCACCAGUGCCGCCAAGCUGCAGGGCCUGCGCAGUGAGGCCAUGUUCGCACGCAUCAAGCAGCAGCUGGACGAGCUGCAGAGCUCCUUCACACACAGCAGCAACGGCGCAGCGGGGGGCGCAGCCCUGGGGUCGGAACACAGCCAUGUGGGAGCGGGUCUGGGACUGGGCCUGGGACUGGGCGUGGGUGCUGAGGCUCCUGCUGCGGGGCUACGCCGCAAUGGCACAGGCGGCAGCGGCGCAAGGUCGGGCGGGUUGCGGUGAGGGUGGCAGAAAGGUGCAGGACGCGGGCGCCUGGGCGUGGCUGAGAGGUGGGAUGGCGACCUGAGCACAGCACGCUAAUCGUCUGUGUAUAGUUCCUUUGCAAGUACGGAGUGCAGGGACGGGUUGCACAGGGGCACAGCCGGUGGAGCUAGGGCAGGGCCCAUCGCGUACGGCUUCAUGCGAGCUUGAAGACAACAUGCACAUGCACAUACACAAGUCCAAGCUAGCAUUUUCUGUAAGCAAUCUGUGCAGUCCGGUUCUUUCCUGCGAGGAGAUUCGUCUCUCCAGCGAGUCCGAUGCGCUGAGUUAGGUCUCAAGCCCAGGCACGAAGGCGGGACGCACUUCGGAAGCUGUCAGUGGAGCACUACAGUCGUAUAGUGCAGCUAUAUUACUGAGUCCCCUGUGCUGACUGGCUUUCCAUGGCGGCGGCGAGGGCCCUCCUUCCACGGCAAGCUGCUCUACUACGAAGACUGGAUACAAGGUAAGCAACCCGGAAGGGCCUCUGUACCGAUGAUGAGCUGCCUGGGUAGUCGACUGUGUGGACCCGCUGCAUCUGGACGAUGCCAAGCCGGGCAUAUGUGCCGGCACCAAGGAGCGCAUUUGCGGAUGGUCGACAUCGUGGAGCGCGUGGGCGGCUAGAGGCAGCUGGGCGGCUAGCCUACUGAAGUAUGCCAGUACCCGGGGCCGAGCGGUACAGCAGGGAGCAUAACCCAUUCCCUUGGAAUGAGUGGAAGGCCAUACUUGUCUGCACAAGCUUCCAGUUGCCGGAUAAGCAGGUAUGACAGGGCAGCGGUCUAUUAACUGCCGUGUUGUGGGUUGCUUGCUCUUGCCUGUGACCUCGCAAGCAUGCCAGUGUGGAACGUCCCUGAGGGCUGUUGUUGAGGGAUGGUGCAUGCCCCGCUGGUCGGCAUGCGCUUGGCCCUGCAAGCAGCCCAACCGGUAGUUCUCACUACCU